AUGGUGCUGGGCGAUGUCACCAACACCUUGCAGAGCGGGGAGAGGACGCAGAACAAGUUGCCCGUGCGCGUUGCGCGCGCAGCUCUGAAGCCUGGGCCAAUGCCCAAGGGAGCAGAGGCCAGGCGCCUCUUUGCACGGCUUUCGGAGGGCGAGAAGGCCGAGUGGGCAGAGGCCCGAGCAGAGGUUGAGAGGCGCACCGAGGCACUGCUGGAAGAGUUACGGCCCUGGCGUGCUCAGGUCAAGGAGUUUGGGUCGGAAGAGUGGGGAAAGCUACCAUCAGGUUCCCAAGACCAGAUUCAGGUCUCACAUGGUCUCACCAUAUCCGAGCAACUGAACACCGGCUUUCACUCUCGAAUUCUUGAAAACGCCCGACGCACCGUACCGGAAAACAGCACAGAACCUCCCACCAUCCUCCGCACACCGUACCGGCGCACCAUGAAGCGUCCAGCGGCCGCGGCCGAAGCCGCGGUUCGGCCGAAGAAGCCGAAAGCUGCCGCGGAGCACGACGAAGAAGCGCCGGAGUUCUGGGACUACGAGACGAAUCCGCCCGGGACGCCCGGGACGAACCACCGAAACGACGCAGAGUUGGCGCAGGGGCGGCUGCCACCACCGCGGGUGCCCGGGGCCGGGUCAAUGUGGCUCGGUGGCUAUGGGAACUCUGCAACUGACCGCACGAAGCACAAAGCCAAGGAGGUGACAAAGGGUGUAGCUGCUGGCGAGCAAAUGUUUAAGGCGUGUCCUGGAAAUAUACAGUGCGUGAUUCUGUCCAAAGGGGUUUUUGCCAAACCUGGAGAGAAGGUCACGAUCGACGUCACCUUGACAACCCAAUUGAAACAUUGUGACUUCUACGUGGGCCUGUUGGGGCAUCAUGGCCUUGGCACCUAUGACGGUGAGGUCCACUUCGCGCUUUGCGGCGGCAGUGGGCGCAGCGGAGUCUGCCAGAAAUUCAAAGACGCCGAGUUCGGCAGCAAACACGGCGGCAGCUUUCCGGCCAUCGAAUGCGGAGACGUCGUUCGGAUGUCCCUCUUCAUCGAUGAAACGGAGGAUGUCUUGCAGUAUUGGAUCAAUGACGAGGAGGUGACUGAGCAGGACAUCGUUCAGACCGUCAGUCAGAUUCGAAGCAAAGCCACUCGCAGUGGUCCUUGGCGCGGUUGGAGACUCUUCAUCGGCCUCACGGGCGCCACGUGCAGCGUGAAGGCCCAAGAAGUAUUUCUUUUAGACGCGAGAACGAGGACCGAUGUCCACAGACCGAUGUCCGGCAGCAGAAGCUUUGAGAGGAAGUCAGGGGAUAUACGCUCUGUGCGGAUGUAA